AUGUCUUCUCCUCGCCCAUCCUCCCCUGUCAACACUCCCUCGUCCACCGCGACCACAACCGGCCGUCCUUCCUCGCCAAAACCACCAGGAGGUCCCGCGACUGCGAUUAGGAGAAGAGCUGCUGCGGAUCGAGCGGACAAGGUUGCCAAUGCUAGGCCCUCGAGCACGCGAGCAGCUGGCGCAGGCGGAAGCAGCAGCACUAUGUUGAGGCUAUACACGGAUGAGUCGCCAGGCUUGAAAGUUGACCCUUUUGUGGUUAUGGUGUUGUCCAUCGGUUUCAUCAUCAGUGUGGUUAUGUUGCACAUCAUCGCGAAAUUCACGAAGCGAUUUUCUUCAUAG